AGUAUGGCAUCCAUCAGAGACUACAAUGUGGCGGAGCAGUUAAGCAGCAAACUGGAGGAGAUCAGGACCAAACUGCUGGAUCAGGCCAUGGGAGAAGUGCUCAAUGGAAGAGUGACAGAGCUCUGUCAGGAACACAGGCGGUACAUGAAUUCCGUCUUGGGUACUUGUUUUAAGAAAUGCAAGGAGGAUGAAACCAUUUUUGACAUGAUAAAAACAUACAAAGAAGAUUUGAAAGAGAAAACAUCUUUACAGAAAGAGAAGAGUGCUGAACAUCUUGAGGUUGUGUCGGAGAUUGAAGACAAAGAGCAUCACAAAGCGCUCUUAUUCCAGAGAAUCGAGAAGCUCAAGAAGGAUCAGGCCAAAAACCGGGAAUUGAUUCAGUCACAAAAUAAAGCCAACAAGGACAGACUGAAGAAGCUGAACAAAUGUAAAGACAUCUUUCAGAAGCCCCUCAGUCUUGAGAUAAAAAAAAUCGAAGGUGAGAAGCUGCAGUUUGUCUUCAGGAACAUCAGUCAUAAAGAUCCAGACAUGGCCCAUACAUUCCUCCUACAGCUGGAUGCAGAGGACGUUUACCACAUCAUCUCCUCUGACCCUCCACUGGAGAAAAUAUCACAUCUAGAGCGCAGACUGCAGGAGACCAACAACUUUUCUGCUUUCCUUGCUAACAUCCGGAGAGAGUUUGUGGCACUUCACAGUGGUGCGAAGACAGCCUGACUGACGAACAAAAGCUGAUUUUUCAUUUCAGAUGCAUUUGAAACAAACGCACGAGUGAAUCAUCAGUGACUUUUCCAUCACAUGCUCUUUUGAAGCUAAGCUUCAGAGGACUUCAUCUCAGUGAA